AUGAUGGGAGGGCGCGCGCUGCUGCUGCUCCUGGUCUCGGCGCUGCUCGUUCAGAUCCGCGCCUCCGACCCGCUGCUGUACGAGCCGUUCGACGAGGACUUUGAGGGGAGAUGGGUCGUCUCCAAGAAGGAUGAUUACCAAGGUGUGUGGAAGCAUGCCAAGAGUGAUGGCCAUGAGGACUAUGGCCUCCUUGUCAGUGAGAAGGCAAGGAAAUACGCCAUAAUCAAGGAGCUUGAUGAGCCAGUUACCUUGAAGGAUGGGACAGUGGUCCUGCAGUUUGAAGUGAGACUUCAGAAUGGCCUUGAAUGUGGAGGUGCCUACAUUAAGUACAUCCGCCCUCAGGAUGCUGGAUGGGAUGCCAAGGAGUUUGAUAAUGAGACUCCAUACACUAUUAUGUUUGGUCCAGAUAAGUGUGGGUCAACCAACAAGGUUCAUUUCAUCCUUAAGCACAAGAAUCCUAAAACUGGAAAGUAUGUUGAGCAUCACCUCAAAUUCCCACCUUCUAUCCCAUAUGACAAGCUCUCUCAUGUCUACACGGCUAUCUUGAAGCCAGACAAUGAGGUCAGAAUUUUGAUUGAUGGGGAAGAAAAGAAGAAGGCAAACUUCCUUUCUGCUGAUGAUUUUGAGCCAGCACUUAUCCCGCCCAAGACCAUUCCUGACCCUGAUGACAAGAAGCCAGAGGACUGGGAUGAGAGAGCUAAAAUCCCUGAUCCAGAUGCAGUGAAGCCUGAUGACUGGGAUGAGGAUGCCCCGAUGGAAAUUGUGGAUGAGGAAGCCACCAAGCCUGAGGGAUGGUUGGAUGAUGAACCUGAGGAGAUUGAUGAUCCUGAGGCAGCCAAGCCUGAGGACUGGGACGAUGAGGAGGAUGGUGAAUGGGAGGCGCCAAAGAUUGACAACCCCAAGUGUGAAGAGGCACCUGGAUGUGGCGAGUGGAAGAGGCCAAUGAAGCAGAAUCCUGCUUACAAGGGCAAGUGGCAUGCACCUAUGAUUGACAACCCCAACUACAAGGGAAUCUGGAAGCCUCAGGAGAUCCCCAACCCUGAGUACUUUGAGCUUGACAAGCCUGAUUUUGAUCCAAUUGCUGCUAUUGGGAUUGAGAUCUGGACAAUGCAGGAUGGCAUCCUGUUUGACAAUAUCUUGAUUGCUGAUGAUGAGAAGGUUGCCACCUCCAUUCUGGAGAAGACCUGGAAGCCCAAGUAUGAUGUUGAGAAGGAAAAGGAGAAGGCUGAGGAGGCUGCUGGUGGUGCAGAUGGUCUUUCUGAGUUCCAGAAGAAGAUUUUUGACAUCCUGUACAAGGUUGCUGAUGUUCCGUUCUUGGCUCCCUACAAGGCCAAGAUCAUUGAUGUUAUCGAGAAGGGAGAGAAGCAGCCCAACAUCACUAUUGGUAUUUUGGUCUCCGUUGUCGUCGUGUUCGUUACUGUUUUCUUCAGGAUCCUGUUUGGUGGCAAGAAGCCAGUGGCACCUGUGAAACCUGCAGCUGAGGCGAAGAAGCCCAAGGCCACAGAAACCGACGGUGCUGGAAGCAGUGGCGACAAGGAUGAGAAUGAGGACGAAAAGGAGGAGACAGCAGCCCCGCGUCGGCGGACCCGAAGGGAGACGUAG